AUGAUGAACUCUGAUUCGCGAGACAUAAUAUCCCAGCAUCCCAUUGGGAGUGGCUUGGAUCAGUAUCGCGAUCUUGUUCGCGCAAAAUGUGAGGCCCAAGGGUUGCCGCCUGGGGCUUUUCAACGGCUCGAUGGUGAAGCGCUGAAAGACAUCCUCGUGAAUCUGCUGGAAUCGCUGCUGGCGCUACCUCCUGUAACAUCUCUUUAUUGCCGCACUUUGGUUCUGUCUGUUGCUAUUUUAAGGCGUCUAUUAGGUAUUAAUAGGGGCUUUGAUCGCCACCGGUUGAUACCCUUUUUAGAUGCCGCGCUGAAGACUGACUCUGACUCUGACUCUGGCUUUGAUCAAGGCGUAUGGGAAAAUGCCAUCAAAUUUCUUGAAGAAGCGACACCUCCACCCCAAGCAGGGGCUGUAGCUUCGCAGCAAACGCCACCGGAGCAAAAGACGGCCUCAAUUUCACAACAAACUCCAUUAUUCUUUAAUACCGGGAAUCUUGUGGACACGUCGGAGCUCCGUAGAGAUGUGGACCAUGUUCUCAGUCAAGAGCUGAGCAAUAUACAUGUCAACGUGCCCAAUUUUCGCCAGACAUAUUUCAGCCUCGACUCUCUCGACCAUAUUGCUACAUCAGUCCUCGAGCGUUGCACCCAGGGCGAUGAUCCCCUUUUCGAUGAUGGGUGGGCUGGGUGGCCUCAAAACCCAGAGGAAGGACUUGUCCUCGCUUGGUUUUCCAACCUGAAUGAGAAGCUUGUCCAGCUAGCAAGAAGCGCAGACCCUUCUUUACAGCUUCAUCAUCCACCUAGAUUAAGAACGAAGCCACAGGAGCCCCUCCUGGGCUCUACAGCAAAACGCAUGAUGGAUAUUGGGUACGUGGGUUUCAUGGACGGCGAUGAAGCCGCCAACUUUAAACAUCAUUGGUCCCACGUUAUGAUAGUGGGUGAAUUAAAGAAAACCCCAAAGACUGACAACCGGUCGGGCUCCUGGCUUCACGUUGCAAGAUACGCCAGAGAAGUACUCGCUGCUCAAGACAGCCGCCGGUUUGUCCUAGGUUUCACCCUUUGUGGCUCCUUGAUGAGACUCUGGUCUUUUGAUCGUCUUGGAGGUAUCGCUUCUGAACGAUUUGACGUCAACCAAAACCCCCUGGAGUUUAUAUCCGCUGUUCUCGGCUUCCUCAUGAUGAACCCUGAACAGUUGGGAUAUGACCCUACCAUUGUACAGUCCGGGACGCAGCGAUAUAUCGAGAUACAUCGCGACGGCCAAACAGAGCGGCUCAUUCUGGACCAGUUGAUAUUUCGCCAACGAUGCAUUGUUGGGCGAGCAACAACUUGUUGGAAAGCACACCGGGAUGGAGAUGACGGCGAGACUAGGCAAAUUUUUGUGAUCAAGGAUUCCUGGCAAUAUCCCGAACGCAAUGAAGAAGGAUUGAUGCUCCACGAGGCAACUGUGAAAGGUGUCACAAACAUGGCAAAAUACUAUCACCAUGAGGUUGUUCAAGUGGGGGGCAUCGAUGAUGAUAUUCGCAGCAAUGUCCGGAAGGGCUUGGACUGGACGGUAGCUACCGUAUCACUACCAGUUGACUCAGAGGCAUCAUCUCCAGCGGUAUCAGUGCAGGUGUCAAACUCGAAUAGUUUGAUCACCAGCCAACGCGAAACUCCAGGUAGCAAUGCCGGAAACCAACGAAAGCGUGCUUUGUCACGAGCUGAAUCACGGCCGCAUCCACGGAAGCGACGGUCGCAUAUGUCCACGCAGACAUCUCGCACCGACAAAACAGAGAAUCGCGUCCAUCGCAGGCUAAUACUCCAAAGCUAUGGGAAGCGCAUCCACGAGGCCAGUUCACCGAGUGCAUUGCUUGCUGGUCUAGAAGCCUGUAUCAAUGGCCACCAGUCUCUACGUCGCGAGGCCGGUCUUCUGCAUCGAGAUAUUUCCAUCAACAACCUCAUGAUCAACGAGGAGGAGGAAGAUCCCGCACGGCGUGGGUUUCUCAUCGACCUCGACUUCGCAAUACAGGAGGCGCGGACUAGUGCGUCAGGGGCGGCGAAGAAGACUGGGACGCGAGCGUUUAUGGCCAUCGGAGUCCAUCGCGGCGUUCAACACUCCUUUAUGCAUGACCUUGAAUCAUUCUUCUGGGUUCUCUACUGGAUAUGUAUUCAUUACGAUGGACCGGGCCAUUCUAUUGGGCCUACCGCGCUCGAAAAAUGGAAUUACACUGAUGACAUGGAGCUUGCUCGGUUCAAAUUUGGAAUCAUUGGUGAUGAGCGUCCAUUCCUUUCCGAGGCGAAAAAGGAGUUUACUGAAUACUACUUGCCGCUGCUGCCGUGGGUCAACAGGCUCAGAAGAGUUGUGUUUCCGAACGGCAAGCCGUCGACGGAGCCGGAUGAAGGGCUGUAUGCGAAGAUGAAGGGUAUUCUUCAAGAAGCCAGAGAAAGUCUAGACUCAUAA